AUGACUGACGUGGAGAUGGAAUCAGUCGGUACGUGUGAGUACGACCCAGAUGACAUGUACUUGAAGGGACCACUGGCGAGGAUGGCGACAGCUACAGUAGGACAAAUGCCCAACAUGGUCCCUCGCAUUGAACUUGCAGCUACAUCGGACCUCAAGGAUUUCCACGGAAAUGAUCAAGACGAGGACCGAGCACGCAGUUGA